AUGACGCCCGGACUUCUGAGUGUCAAUGACAAGAAACACAAGGUGACGGUGGUCGGCUCAGGCAACUGGGGCUCGACCAUUGCCAAGAUCGUUGCCGAAAACACCAAAGCCCACCCAGAGCUCUUCGAAACAGACGUUCAGAUGUGGGUGUACGAGGAAGAGGUUACAUAUGACGACAAACCCCAGAAGCUUACGAACGUCAUCAACACCCACCACGAGAACGUCAAGUAUCUUCCCGGCGUCCCACUUCCGACAAAUCUCAUCGCCAACCCGUCACUCGAAGAUGCCGUCCAGAACGCGUCCAUCCUGAUCUUCAACCUCCCCCACCAGUUCAUCAACAAGGUCUGCAGCCAGCUCAAGGGAAAGAUUGUCCCCUUUGCUCGCGGAAUCUCCUGCAUAAAAGGAGUCCACGUCGCCGACGAUGGCGUGUCUCUGUUUUCGGAAUGGAUUGGCGACGGCCUGAACAUAUACUGCGGUGCCCUAUCAGGAGCCAACGUCGCUUCCGAGAUCGCGGCUGAGAAGCUAUCCGAAACGACCAUUGCCUAUGACCCGCCGCCCAUGGACAACUCCCGUAACCCUUCUCGAACCGCAACUCCGCGCUCCUCCUCCCCGCAUCCGGGUACGUCGGGAGCCGAAUUGAGUAUAACACCCCUGGCCGACAUGCAGCAUAAGGAUGCUCGCGGUAGGGUCAGCAAGACGAAGUUGGUCCCUGUGCCGCAGGAGUACCCGCCGCUUGACCACGAGACAUUCAAGACACUAUUCCAGCGACCUUACUUCCUCGUGAGCAUGGUCUCCGAUGUGGCCGGUACCUCCCUGGGCGGAGCUCUGAAGAAUAUCGUUGCUCUGGGAGCUGGCUUCGUGGUCGGGAAGGGAUGGGGCAACAACGCAAAGGCAGCAGUCAUGCGUGUUGGACUGCUGGAAAUGAUCAAGUUCGGCAAGGAAUUCUUCGGGGAGGCCGUAUCAGUUUCUACCUUCACGGAGGAGAGCGCGGGCGUGGCAGACUUGAUCACAAGUUGUGACGGAGGCCGAAACUUCAAUGGCGCAAGGAUGUGUGUCGAGCGAGGUGUCCCUGUCGCUGAGAUUGAGAAGACGGAGCUAAAUGGACAGAAGCUGCAGGGUACGAGCACAGCAGCUGAGGUGAACUCGUUCCUGAAGCAACGCGGUCUGGAUGAGCAGUACCCGCUAUUUACAGCGGUUUUCGACAUUAUCGAGGGACGAAAGACAGUUGACGAUAUCCCAGCGAUUUUGGCAAAGGCACAAUCGUAA